AAAAAAAAAAAAAAAAAAAAAAAGAGGUCUACCCACAUGGUCCAUAGCUUAGAUAGGUACCGUUUCCCGCACUAUCAGAACUGCGCAGAAGCUUCACGAUCUACACAGGGACCUGGAAUCCCCCCAUCUUCUCCGCCAUCCGUUUGUAACGCUAUAUAAUAGCACUAUAUAAGAUAAAUAAAUCUCUACUUUUCUUCUAAAUCUCAACAUAAAUUCUAUAUUUCAUCUAAAUAACCUAUUUAUAUAUAUCUACAUAUCGACCUACAUUACACAAUGGCGUCCUAUGCACUCCAAGUACCAAGCGAAUACGGCUACGUCCUGACCGUUGCCGCCUCUUCGCUCUUCGUCAACACAUACCACUUCAUACUAAGCGCAAAAGCACGCAAGAACAGUGGCCUAACUUACCCGAUCCCCUACGCUAGCCAGGAACAGGCCGCCAAAGACCCCAAGGCUUACAAGUUUAACUGCGCUCAGCGCGCCCAUGCCAACUUCAUCGAGCACCAGCCGUCUUUUCUCACUGCUUUGCUUAUCUCCGGCUUGUGGUUCCCGACCGCAAGCGCCGCCCUCGGCGCUGGUUGGGUCUUUGCACGCACGUGGUACGCCGCCGGUUACACAUCCGGUGGCCCUUCGGGUAGGCUCAGCGGUUUCUAUAUCAGCGCCCUGUGCGACAACGCGUUGAAGAUUAUGGCCGUUAUCGCUAGUAUCAAGUUGCUCCCUCAAGUUUAGGGCAUUGAGCUAGGACGACGAAAACAUAGAAAGAAAGAAAAAAGGGAAGGGGAGGGGGAAGAUAAUAGAAUUAACGCGGGAAAAGUAAAAGAGUAACUAGAUUUCCUUAUAACUAAGUGAAAUUUACACUAUUCUGAUCAAGUAUUAAACUCUAUUAUCCCAAAUGUUUCCACGUUAGAUGGGCAAAUAAGUCAUAGGCCAAGACAUUUUGCUCAAUCCAUUAUGUGCCACUAAGCCGCGGCUUGGGAAUAAUAUUUAACACAUAUAUCAGGCCACUUGGUAAAGUUAGUCUCAUCAAUGAUAUGUCCAAAACGAAAGUAUAAUCCAAUUUGGAUAAUUAAUUGAUAGGUAAAUGGGCACUGGCCUGCGAGCUUAGGUCAAGCCGUGGUAGCUGGGUUUCUUACCAUGGAUGGCUCAGAGCAGGGAGCAGCGCCAAAAAUAGUAAGGCAAAAGAAAUGAGGCGCCCAAAGCUGAGAACU